GGGGCGGCAACAGACAGGACAAGUAUACGCACAGUUGCGACGACCCAUCUCUAUCCAGGUCUGUGGCGUCUGUUAUUCAUUAGCACUGGUAUCUAUCAUCAUUCAGUCAUAUGAUGUCGUCAAGAACGUUUUUUGUCGGUGGAAACUGGAAGAUGAACGGCGACAAAAAGAGUCUUGGUGACUUAAUAACAACACUGAAUACUGCUAGCCUCCACGACGAAACCGAGGUGGUGUGUGGUGCCCCCACCAUCUACCUGGACUAUGUCCGCUCCAACUUGGAUGCCAGGAUUGGUGUGGCAGCCCAGAACUGCUACAAGGUGUCCAAGGGAGCCUUCACUGGAGAGAUCAGCCCAGCCAUGAUAAAGGACUGUGGGGUAGAAUGGGUCAUCUUGGGCCACUCCGAGAGGCGCCAUGUUUUUGGAGAGUGUGAUGAGCUCAUUGGUCAGAAGGUGGCUCAUGCUCUAGAGAACGACCUCGGGGUCAUCGCCUGCAUCGGAGAGAAGCUGGAGGAGAGGGAGGCGGGGACAACAGAAGAGGUGGUGUACGCCCAGACUCAGGUCAUCGCAGACAACGUGAAGGACUGGGGGAAGGUGGUUCUGGCCUACGAGCCUGUUUGGGCCAUUGGUACAGGCAAGACCGCAUCACCAGAGCAGGCCCAGGAGGUGCAUGAGCAGCUGAGGGCGUGGCUGAGGGCCAACGUCUCCGAGGACGUGGCGGAGUCUGUACGCAUCAUUUACGGAGGCUCCGUCAGCGGGGCCAACUGUAAAGAGCUCGCCUCCCAAGCUGAUGUGGACGGCUUCCUGGUGGGCGGGGCCUCUCUCAAGCCCGAGUUUGUUGAUAUCAUCAACGCUCGUGCCUAGCCGCAGCCUGGGGACCAGCUGACUGCUCCUAGAACUUCACAUGACUCAGUCCUUAUCCCAAAGUGUUUUUGUGUUUGAAAGCUGCAAUGGAGGUUUGUGUGUGCACACAUGUGUGUCUAUGAAGUGCUGCACUAGUGUUAGGGUUGGGCUUUUCACCUACCAGACAAUCUACCAUAGAAAUGAACCAUAUAUUGUAUUAACUAAUGCACUGCUUGUGGUUAUGUUCACACUGGGUGUUUGUGUUCACCACUUUGUGUGUCACGAGCACAACUGUGAUAGUAAUUAACCUCCUGAAAUUGCUCCUUAAAUUCCUCGCACAGAUUGGUUGAGUUACUGGUCCGUAACUCGUCAGCCAAUGACAAGAAACCAAACCCUUCUACUGUACCUGAAAACGACUUGAAUAAAAGGUUUAUGUGCUACUG